UUCCCUCUCCCCUACCGAACAAAUAAAAUUAAUUAGUGCACAACACCCAAGGGUGAAAGGAAAGAAACAAGAAAAGCUCCAACUGCCAAAUUGCAGGUCCCUGCCCCCGAGCCAAAUCCCCCGCGCCGCCGCCGCCGUCGGCGGAACUGACCUACCCUGCCCGCUCGCCGGAGAACCCGUCCCCCGGCGUCGCCUUCACCUCAGGUUUGUAUGCAUGGCAGAUGACAAUGAGGUCACUGGAGUGUCACCUGUGGCUGAUGAAUGGGAUAUGCUACCUCUGACUUCUUCAGUAUAUACCAGCCCAUUAUUCCGGAAAGGAUUUGAUCCUAUUAAUUUGCCUGGAUAUGGGGAUGUGAGUAAUAGUCAGGAUGGCACACAUACUGGAUUAUUCAUGUCAGAUGGCUUUGUGUUCCCUCCAAGUGAGCAUGAGAAUUUGCCAAUUGAACCUGAGCAUGAGAUUUUGCCAGUACAAUCUGAGCAUGAUGAAUCAAUUACAAACAGCAAUGGUAGGGAAGAUAGAUGUGCUGGGAGUAACGAUGAUGAGUGGUGCCAUGUAUCACCAGAAGAAGUUGAAUGCAUGAGUAAUGAGAAUCUAUCUGUCAACAACGAGUUGCCUGCUGCCAAUGAAACUCCUUUACCAGAUUCCAAAUCCAAAGAAACAAAUGCUAAGCAAGAUAAAGAUCACACAACCUGCAAGGCUGAUAUUCCUUGUGAAGGAUGGUGGAAAAGGAAAUCCACUUAUCUGUUUCACCAUAUAAAGGGAGUGACUACAGUCUGCUCAGUUGUGGCAGCUGGUGCUGUUGUGGGUUUUGUUGUGAUGAGUCAGAGGUGGCAGCAGGACCAUUUGCACCUUCAUCAAUUUCAGUUCAGUGUCAACGGUGAGAGCAUGAGCCGAGUCAUUGGAGCAUUCAGCCGUUUGAAGGAUGGGCUUCCAGGGAGUGAGCAGCUUAGGUCUCUGCUGCCAACUCGCGUACUCCCACAACAACCGCUUAGCGCUUGAGCACAACAGGCACCGGAAUUCGGUGGCAGGGACUGCUUGUAGUGGCAAUUUUUUUUUGCUCAUAUGAUUUUGAGACAGUGCAAUUCUUUCUUGUUCUAGUACGACCAUCGAUUUUAUCCUUCUGUAAAUUUAUGGUUGAGACUUCAAAGGCACUGAAAUAUUACUUUUUGUAGUCCGUAGCAACUGUAAAAUACAAGGUGGGAACACACACAUUAUGGGGCAUUGAGUCACUUCAAAUAUGUGUACGGGCUUGGCUA